UUGGCUCGUCACAAUAAAACAUUGCAACAGAUGCUGAAGCCAGGGUCAGAUCCUGAUGAAGGAGAUGAAGCCUUGAGGUAUUACGCCAAUCACACGGCACAGAUAGAGAUUGUUCGCCAUGACAGAACAAUGGAGCAGAUCGUAUUCCCUGUCCCCAAUAUUUGUGAAUUCCUCACUCGGGAAUCCAAAAGUCGAGUAUUCAACACAACAGAGAGAGAUGAGCAGGGGAGCAAAGUCAAUGACUUUUUCCAACAGACAGAGGAUCUGUACAAUGAGAUGAAAUGGCAAAAGAAAAUUAGGAAUAAUCCACCCCUGUUUUGGUUCUCCAGACACAUCUCUCUCUGGGGGAGCAUUUCCUUCAACCUUGCUGUAUUCAUCAAUUUAGCAGUUGCACUCUUCUACCCCUUUGGAGAUGAUGGAGAUGAAGGCACACUCUCUCCAUUGUUUUCACUCCUCCUUUGGAUAUCAGUGGCGUUUUGUACAGCAAUGCUGUUUUUCAUCUCCAAGCCUGUUGGUAUUCGACCCUUUUUGGUGUCUGUUAUUCUCAGGUCUAUAUAUACUAUAGGGCUUGGGCCUACCUUGAUACUUCUUGGUGCUGCUAAUCUUUGUAACAAAAUAGUGUUUCUGGUGAGCUUUGUCGGAAACCGUGGAACUUUUACCCGAGGCUACAGAGCAGUCAUCAUGGACAUGGCUUUUCUCUAUCACGUCGCGUAUGUCCUGGUCUGCAUGCUGGGCCUCUGUGUGCAUGAAUUCUUCUAUAGCUUCCUGUUGUUCGAUCUGGUGUACAGAGAAGAGACUUUGCUAAAUGUGAUAAAAAGUGUUACCCGAAAUGGUCGUUCCAUUAUCCUCACUGCAGUGCUGGCACUCAUCCUGGUUUAUCUCUUCUCCAUCAUUGGAUUCCUCUUCUUGAAAGACGACUUUAUCAUGGAGGUCGACAGGUUGAAAAUCAGGACCACUGUGGCAGGUAAUCAUAGACUAGUCCCCACUACAACCCUCACAUCAAUGAUGGGAGCCUGUGCCAAAGAGAACUGUUCCACAAGCAUCCCAAUUAUGAACCCAGCUGGUGAAGAGGAGGAGGAUGGAAUAGAAAGGACCUGUGACACCCUGCUCAUGUGCAUUGUGACUGUGUUAAACCAAGGCCUGCGAAAUGGUGGUGGUGUGGGAGACGUGCUCAGAAAGCCUUCCAAAGAUGAACCCUUGUUUGCUGCGCGAGUUGUUUAUGAUCUUCUGUUUUACUUCAUUGUCAUAAUUAUUGUUCUAAACCUAAUCUUUGGAGUCAUCAUUGACACUUUUGCUGAUCUCAGGAGUGAAAAGCAAAAAAAGGAGGAAAUACUGAAGACAACCUGUUUCAUCUGUGGACUGGAGAGAGACAAAUUUGAUAACAAGACCGUUUCAUUUGAGGAGCAUAUAAAGUCAGAACACAACAUGUGGCAUUAUUUGUACUUCAUAGUUCUUGUCAAAGUUAAGGAUCCCACUGAAUACACUGGCCCGGAAAGCUACGUAGCACAAAUGAUCGUGGAGAAGAAUUUGGACUGGUUUCCUCGGAUGAGAGCCAUGUCUCUGGUUAGCAAUGAAGGCGACAGUGAGCAAAAUGAAAUCAGGAACCUGCAAGAGAGGCUGGAGUCAACCAUGAGCCUGGUAAAACAGCUUUCCAGUCAGCUUGCUGAGCUCAAGGAACAGAUGACAGAACAAAGGAAGAAUAAGCAGAGGCUGGGCUUUCUUGGAUCAAACACACCCCAUGUGAAUCAUCACAUGCCACCACCCUGAUACCACGGGGAGAAGCCGUGACUAGCCUUUCAUCAGUAUUCCUGCUUUAUUAUAGAAUAAAAAACUGAGAUGGAGAGGAGUGAACAGUGCCUAUUGUUACGAAGUUAAAAACAACCAAGUGCCAAGAUGUUAAGUGGUUUAGCUCUGGGAACAAUUUGUAGCUGUUUUUCAUGGUUGAAAGGGACCACAACUUAGAAUGCGAGAAAGACAAGGGAGCUCGUUUGUGUUUGCUCACGGGGCCUGACUCAGCUGUGUUUCUGCUCUGCAACUCGAUGGCUUUGGUGGGAGCUGCUGUGGGCAACAGAGGUUGGGGCAGCCUCUGGCCACGUCCUCAGAGCUGCCUUGAGACUUCUCCCUGAGGCUCUGGGGUAAGCCAGACGAGCAGAAGGAGAAAUGGUUAUUAAUGCAACUACAACAGC